AUGCAAACAUCAGCCAGUACUUCUUUCUCGAUUGCCGUCCCGAGCAAUCACGGAAAAUUGUAUAUAAGGUCCCAAAUUCACUCAGAAGUCACGGAACAGUCCCUUCCAACACUUCUCAGCAUGUCCGCCAAGUUGUAAGUUUCAAACUUCGAACUUUAAAAUUCAAAAUAAACUAUUAAGCGCCGCUCUGAUCGCUCUUCUGGUCAUCUGUGCCAUCGUCAGCGAGACCUCCGCCCAGUACUACGGUAGCUAUUACGGUAGCUACUACCCAUCCUACUACGGUGGAUAUGGAUACGGUAGCGCCUACGGAUACGGCUACAGUGGAUAUCCCUACUACGGCUCUGUUUAUGGCAAACGCGAGGCCGGAUUCGCCCCCAAGAACUGA